AUGUCUCGAGCGAUGCCACCGGUUCCCCACAAGGAUGACCUUGAUUCUACUACAUGGGUCUAUACACGUGUGUUGGACAUUCGAUCCCCAGUUGACCGGAACCCCGCUCACCGUUCCAAUUUUAGGGCCGUCCAUAAUUUCUGCACAUCACAAAAAGCCGUUUCAAGUGGUCAGGGACUUCAACAAGGGCAACGCGGGGGUGUGUUUUCUCCCCCAUCCAAUCAUUCUUCGGCUAGUCGAACUGGACUAACCUGGAGGCAAGCCCACCUACUCGGCGAGGAACUCUACAAACUACUCGGCGAAUACCUCUCACGCCAUCUCAGCGACGUUUUCGAUAAGUCACAGACACACACCGAGGAGGGCCUGCUUGGGUUCUACAUUCGCGAAUGGGAACGCUACACGACCGCCGCCAAAUAUGUCAACCACAUCUUUAAGUACCUGAACCGUCACUGGGUCAAGCGCGAGAUUGACGAGGGAAAGAAAAAUGUCUACGAUGUCUACACCUUACACCUCGUCAAAUGGAAGAAUGACUUCUUUGAGAACGUGCACGCGAAGGUUAUGGAUGCCGUUCUUAGUUUGAUCGAGAAGCAAAGAAACGGGGAGACCAUCGAACAGUCCCAAAUCAAGUCCAUCGUCGAUUCUUUCGUGUCUUUGGGUCUCGAUGAAAAUGACAGUUCCAAGUCAACCCUGGAAGUCUACCGCAAAUACUUCCAAGAGCCAUUCAUUGCUGCCACCGAGGUUUAUUACGAAAAUGAGUCGCGGCAGUUCGUGGCGGAAAACAGUGUGGUGGAGUACAUGAAGAAGGCGGAGGCUCGUUUGGAUGAAGAGAAGGCUCGUGUUGGUUUGUACCUGCACAACGAUGUCACCAAGUCUCUUACAGAUACCUGCCUGGCUGUUCUUGUCACUGCUCACUCCACUUUACUUCGUGAUGAGUUCCAAGUCUUGCUGGACAACGAACGACAGGAAGAUCUUGCUCGUAUGUAUCGUCUUCUUUCACGUAUCAAGGAUGGUCUCGAUCCCUUGCGUACGACAUUCGAGAACCAUGUGCGACGAGCCGGCUUGGCCGCCGUAGAGAAGGUUGCUUCGGAUGGAGAGAACUUUGAGCCCAAGCUUUACGUCGAUGCUCUUCUGCAGGUCCACACACGGUAUCAAAAUCUUGUCGACGAUGCUUUCAAUGGGGAGUCUGAGUUCGUACGGUCUUUGGACAACGCCUGUCGGGAGUUCGUCAACCGCAAUCGCAUUUGCAAGACCAGCUCUUCCAAGUCCCCUGAACUGCUAGCCAAGUACGCAGAUUCCUUGCUCAAGAAGGGAUCAAAGUCCGCUGAAGAGUCAGAACUCGAGGAAAUGCUGGUACAGAUUAUGACCGUUUUCAAGUACAUCGAAGACAAGGAUGUCUUCCAGAAGUUUUACUCCAAAAAUCUGGCGAAGCGCUUGGUUCACGUCAGCUCUGUUUCCGACGAUGCUGAAACAAGCAUGAUCAGCAAGCUGAAGGAGGCAUGUGGAUUUGAAUACACUAACAAGCUUCAGCGAAUGUUCCAAGACAUGCAGAUCUCUAAAGAUCUGAACAACAAUUACAAAGACUGGCAAGACAAGGUCCUUGAUGACGAUGACCGAAGGCGCAUGGCCGACGCUCACUUCCAGAUCUUGGGAACUGGUUUCUGGCCUCUAAACGCCCCUACUACACCCUUCCUUGCGCCUCCUGAGAUCGUCAAGACCGCCGAGCGAUUCCAGAGUUUCUACUUUGACAAGCACAGUGGUCGCAAACUGACAUGGCUGUGGCAGCUAUGCAAGGGAGAAAUCAAGGCAAACUAUAUCAAGAGCGCCAAGGUGCCUUACACUUUCCAGGUGUCGACAUACCAAAUGGGAAUUCUCCUGCUUUUCAAUGAGACCGACACUCUCUCUUACUCCGAGAUCGAAAAGGCCACCACCUUGACAAGUGAAAUCCUAGACCCCAACCUUAGCAUCUUGCUCAAGGCGAAGGUUCUUAUCGCCAGCCCCGAGAAUGCUAAACCAGAGCCUUCGACCUCCUUCACCUUGAACUACAACUUUAAGAACAAGAAGGUCAAGGUUAACCUUAACAUCCAGAUCAAAUCUGAGCAAAGGGUCGAGGCAGAUGAUACACACAAGACGAUAGAAGAGGAUCGGAAGCUCCUCCUUCAGUCCGCCAUCGUCCGCAUCAUGAAGUCGCGCAAGAAGAUGAAGCACGUUCAACUUGUGCAAGAAGUCAUUCAGCAGGUCAAGUCCCGCUUUCCGCCUAAGAUCCCCGAUAUCAAAAAGAACAUCGAAGCCCUCAUGGAGAAGGACUACAUUGAACGCAUGGACGGUGAUGAAAUCUCUUACAUUGCAUAA